AAUACUUGUGAUACAUAGCUCAGUUCAAUUCACGUUUGUUUCCAGUCUCAAGAGUGAGACUUAACUUGGACUUAACCGAGUUUUUACCAGCAAUCUGCACAAUCUUGAGACCGUGUGCUUUAGUAAGUUUUGUGAACUCAGAUUGAAAGUAAGGUUAAGGACAUUAAGUUGUCAGAUCUUGUCAUCAAAAUAAGCAAGUAAUUACACCAUACUAAAUUAUUGAAAACAGUGAUUGAUGUAAAUAAUCUUAUAAAUAGGAUUACAUUAGCUAAGUCGUUUCUCUGCGAGUAACUCAAUGAUCUGUUGCAGUGAAACUAAUACAGCUGAAACUGAGUAUUUUUCAGCUUUUUUAGCCAGUCUGCUUUUCACUGUUGCGUUCAAGCUUAUCAAAUGAGGGAGUAGGUACGUUUUUGAAUGUUGCAAAGUGAUAACUCAGUGGAAGCUGAAAGGUACAAUGACAAAUUUUAAGUUUUAGUUUACUCCUUUUCAUUAUACAUUAUAUGAAAAGAGCUUGUGUCAGAAUCCUGCCAUUUCCCACAAGAUUCCAAUAAACUAGCUUUUUUAUAUAAUUGAUUUAAAGAAAAUACAACAAAUAAUAUAUGUAUUAAUAGUAGAAUGAUUUUUAUGCACCAAAAAACUAUUGUUGGCAAGUAAUAAAUUAUCAAAAUUAAUUGGCUUUUCCCAAAGAUCAUAUAUAUUGCAAUUCCAAAAAACAAACAAAUUUGAAGACUCUGAAAUAUAGAGUUAUUCAUACAUAACUAGAUAAGUAAACUUUUUUAACAUCGAUUGAGCAUUAUUGAUUUUCAUUCACUUAUACAUCAAAUAAAAAUUUGUAUGUCUCAAUCCUUCUAAUGUAGCAGUAGUCACUUCCAUUAGAAAACGAAUGAUACUUAUUCUGAACAAAAAGCCGACCGCUUAAGUAGUCAAAGAUUAUAUACUCAUAAUUAGUUACAGAAACAUUCAUCUUUUAAAGUGAAUAAUCGCUUGGACAACUUAUAACCACAUACAAAUCAACUAUUGAAAAUAUUUUUGACAAUCCCACCCUACCAUACAUACGUUAUCUGUCACAAUAUCAUAGUAUAUAUAUAUAUAUUUAACGAGCAGGUAUUUCGUAUUCGUUUUAGCAUUUUUGUGCUGGGUAGUUAAUUCAAUUUAGCUGUUUAUCCUUCUAAAUAAUUAAUUUUCAAUAUAUUUUGUAAAAAUGGGUAAAAUAAAGGCAGGUACAGUUGUGGAUAUCCUUGGAGAUGAAAUGACGAGAAUAAUUUGGGAUGAUAUAAAGAACAAACUAAUUUUGCCCUAUUUGGAUAUUGAUUUAAAAGUUUAUGAUUUGGGAAUAGAAAACCGUGAUAAAACAAAUGAUCAGGUAACUGUAGAUUGUGCAGAAGCUAUGAAAAAAUAUCAUGUAGGUGUAAAAUGUGCAACAAUUACGCCUGAUGAAAACAGGGUUAAAGAAUUCAAUCUCAAACAAAUGUGGAAAAGUCCUAAUGGUACUAUCAGAAACAUUGUCGGUGGAACUGUCUUCAGGGAACCCAUUCUUUGCAAAAAUAUUCCUAGGUUAGUUCCAGGAUGGCAGAAACCAAUUAUAAUUGGAAGGCAUGCACAUGCUGACCAAUAUAAAGCUACAGAUAUUGUUAUACCUGGAGAAGGAAAAUUGGAAUUGGUAUAUACUGCCAAAGGAGGUGAUGUACAAAAAUUCAUUGUAAAUGAAUACAAGGGACCUGGUGUAGCAAUGGGUAUGUUUAAUACCGACGAUUCAAUCAUAGCUUUCGCCCAUUCAUGUUUCAAAUAUUCUCUCGAAAGAGGAUAUCCUCUUUAUCUCAGUACCAAAAACACUAUUUUAAAACGGUACGAUGGAAGAUUCAAGGAUAUUUUCCAAGAUAUUUACGACCGCGAAUACAAAUCCAGUUACGAAGCAAAGAAAAUUUGGUACGAACACAGAUUAAUAGACGAUAUGGUUGCUUAUUGUAUGAAGUCAGAAGGAGGAUUCGUUUGGGCUUGUAAGAAUUACGAUGGGGAUGUACAAUCCGAUUCGGUGGCUCAGGGAUACGGAUCUUUGGGUCUAAUGACAUCAGUUUUGAUCAGUCCCGAUGGCCAAACUGUUGAAGCUGAAGCGGCUCACGGUACAGUAACCAGACAUUAUCGUAUGUAUCAACAAGGUAAAGAAACCUCCACCAAUCCCAUAGCUUCAAUUUUUGCUUGGACUAGAGGACUCCUCCAUAGAGCCAAGUUAGACAAUAAUCAAGAAUUGGCUAAAUUUGCAAAUGCUUUGGAAGAUGUUUGCGUUGAAACUAUUGAAUCUGGUUUCAUGACUAAAGAUUUGGCUAUUAACAUAAAGGGCAUGAAUAAAGUUACAAGAGCUGAUUAUAUGGAAACUUUCGAAUUCCUUAACAAAUUAGCUGAAAACUUGAAGAUUAAGCUGAGCAAAAACUAAACACUGAAAUAAUUAUAAAUAAACAAAAACAAAUCGCAAAUAUUCUGCCAGAUGGAUAAAUUGAUUUUUUUUAAUAUUUGAAAAAGUUAUUGAAUAUUUUAAUUAGUUUCAGUAUUGUGUCUUUGAUUCCUGCAAUAAUAACACAACUCAAAAUUUGAUUAUGAAGUUAUAGGUUAGACCAUUUUAGAUCAUAAUUUUGUAAACAAUUUUUAGGUGUAUCAUUUUUACAGAUAUUAAAACAUUUGUUACUGAAACUUUUAUAUGGUUGAGGCCGCCCUAAUAUAAGAUGAAGUAAUGAUAAAUGUGUUUCAUUGAAAUCUGAAAUAUCUGAUGUAAUCUUAAGUGACUAAAUGCAUGAAAUAAUUUCUGGUGGCUCCAGUAAUACAUAUUAUUCAACUUUUGCAGUAGUGUAACAAAAUAAUUUUCUAUCAACUGUCGAUAAUACACAAAAUUGCUCAACAAAAAUGUACCCUUAACCAAGUGUAACUAUAAUUAUGGGAAAAACCUGAAACUCUUUUAUAAUUGAAAUGGCACUGUCGCAAAAUUGAAGUAAUUUGUAUUAAAAACUUUCAUAGAAGUAAGUAUUUAAACUGUUCUACCUUCAGUCUCUGAAGACGAUAACUUGAUUAUCGAAACGAGCGUCAGACAGUGUAAUUAUGAGUAUUGGUGUGGUGGUAUUGUAAACAGUAUGUCAGUAUAUCACCAACGGUUAUAGAAAUUCCAAUUUCGUAUACUUUUUAUGUAUCUGAAUAGAAAGAAAUAUAGUAUAGUAGAGUAGAAUUAAAAAAAUAAAAAUAUUGUUAAUUUCUUAUAUUCAAUAUUUAGUUUAACGUUAUCUUGCUCUAUGUCAAGUGGUCUUUACCCACAAAUAUAACAUUUUUUCUGU